UCGGCCUGGGCGAGUCUAUUUUGAAGAAGUACUGUUGAUAUUUGGCUCUGUUGACUAAUGAGUUUGCCGACCACUGAACUAGGAGAUUGAUUGCUGGUCAGGGCACAUGCCUGGGUUGUAGGCUUGUUACAAAACAAUAGCUAACUGAUACAGAACCUAAAGGAUGAACAAAUCGAAAUGGGUACAAUGCCACAAAGACUGGCCUCACUGACUGUAGCUAGAACGUGGAAAAUUUAUCAACUAGUAGCCUAUGUGCACGGGGAGUAUGGCUGGUUUAUAAGAAUUUACUAGCAAUGGCUCCAAUUGAAAAUACCCACAGUUCUUGGCCCUGCCUGGAUGAGAUCAGAACUGAAUAGCCAUGGAAAACCACAGCUGAGAGGCCACAUCUCUCUGCCCAUCUCCACUCCCGCUGCCAUGACAAGCUAAAACCUUGGGUGUGGGACACAGCCCCGGAAGCCAUGGGUAUAGAUAUGGGGUGGGUGGGAGAUUACACAUGGGUGCUCAUAACCCAGCGGUGGAAUGGUGAGUGGAUAGGGAAUUUACCAACAGAUCCCAACUGUUACACUGGGAGCCACUGGCUGCUCAACAGGACAUUCUGUCAGGAGACAGGGAGAGUCUAUGUGGAUAACUAAACACAACCCUUGUAAGAGAAACCUUGGAGUCAGAAAGAGGGGCACUUCUGGAAGCCAAGAUCAACAGUAAUUAAUACAAAUGCGAGAAGUCCAGUCAGAAGGCUGAAUAGGGCUUUGCUAUUCAGAAGGCUGAACAUCUCCAUGUUGUUACCUCCUGCUGACUUAAUGGCCGAAGGCAACCCCCCUAACCUGAUCAUCUUUCACUGUUUACUAAACAUUACCUUUGAUAUGCCUGUUUGCAUUCCUAAAAGGCAAUUGUGUAUUCUAGUCAAUGAAAAGGGGAUGGGUGCGGAGAUUCAGUGGGGCUUGGCCACUUGAACUAAGUUCACAUCUGGCUUCCCCCAUAAUUCCCAAAUUUAUAUUUCUUGUCUUGUGUAUUAGUUUGCUCAUCAGCCCUUUCUCCAGGCCUCUGAACACAGGCCACAUGGGCCAUGGCUUCGCAGGGCACCCCAAUACCAGUCAGCAGCUGGAGGAAGCAGUAGGAAAGCAUUUAGGAGAAGUUACUUGGGGACACAUCCGGGAAGUCUGGAUAAAGGUGACUUCUGGAUGGAUCUCUGCCACCCUCUCAGGGUUGCCAGAAUGGCAGCAAAUCCUGUUAACGAGCUCGUGGGAAAACAGCAGAGCCACCCAGGGUGAAGGAAAGAUGUUGACUGACCUGGUGCCCUUUGAAUGGAACAAAAAUGGCCAUUGCAGGCUUGGAAGUCCAGGUCUAAUAAGUGGAGUUGCUGUCACCCACAUGGGGACAACAUGCCUUGUAGCUAUUGGGUUGCUAUAAAUUCCUGAUAAACCUAAAUCACGCUGGCAGCAGUGCCUUUAACUGGAGAUUUAGACAUUGCAAACACUGGUCCUUUGCGUUCCCUUUAAUGGUUUACACGCAAAUCCUUAGCAUCUCCAAGUGGGUUAGCUGAGAGUAAUGGGGAGGACAGCAGCGGCAGCAGGGACAGAUUUUAAAUCUCCAUAAAUCACCACUUAAAAUCAGAGGAACUAGCUAAUAAACCCAAUCACCUGGUCAAAGUUUACAACGAACCUAGAGGACAAGGUGUUCCCGUUCAUCCCAAAAUACAAGCCGGGGAAACUCCUGUUCCAUAGGAAUCUUGGAAGGAAACAGGAUGCCAGGCCUAGCGUGUGGGGAUCCUCUCUGGACAAGGCCGCAGGGUGACCAGCAGAGUCCAGACCCGGGUGGGCUUUCUGGAUCCAUCUCACUCUGGAGGAGCUUCUGGAUCACCAUGGACUCUAUGACCGACCAACCAGGUUGCUGCUUGUGAACAUCUGCUUCCAUCAAAGGCUUCCUGCAGCCCACCACUCUCUGGAACUUUCCUGAGCCAGACCUUUUCCAGGCUGCUUACAAGUGCCAGUUGGCCUCCGAAUGGAGGUGUGGCCUGCAGGCUCUGGCCGGGCUCCCAGGGCCAUGUGGGCCCAACUCCUUGGACUUCCCUGCCCAAUCCUGAUAACGCCUGUACUCUUCCUGCCGCACCCUCGGGGGCAUUUGACCAGGACUCUGGAAGACAGCUGUGAAGUACGUGACCAGGCUCAAGGAGCUGCGUGGGCGCUAGACAUCUCUGGGCCCUUCCUCUGGACCAGGGCUGGGACCAGAGGUGGAUCGGAUCCAGCCCAGCUGUGGGGACCAAGUCUGGCAAAGGAGAGAGACUCAUGCUCUGGAGCAGUUAGCCCUGAGCCUCGAAUGGCUUUUCCAAGGGGCAUCCAUGGCCAGGGCUGGUCCUUCAAUGCACAGAAGGGGAAACUGAGGCAGCCUUCCAAGAGACGUUAUUUACCGAGGUCACACGGCGAGUCGGUGCGUUGUUGAGACUGGGACCCCGAGCUCUGCCUCUCGGCCCAGGCUCUUUCUCUUCACCUCCUCCCAGAGGCCAGCCUAGAGAGGUGCACAAAGGCCCCCACGCCGGGAGAGGGACCUGGCGCAGGGUCCACCUGUGCAAGUGUUGGCCGUGUUGCCUGAGCGACUCCAUCUCUGCGCUAGGCUGUCACUCCAAGAGGAUGAUCUCUGGGGGCCCCCGCUCCAACUGUGCGCCUGGGAGUCUCUGAAAUGGGGUGUCUUGCCAGGCUGUGGAGUCUCUCUGACGGUCUGUGGGACACUUCUGUGCUGUUUGCUCCUCCCACCGGACUGAAGCCACGGAACACGCAGGCCGGAGUUACUUCAGCUACAGCGGGGCAGGCCUCUCUGAGGAUGACCUGUUUUAUACCCCGUAAAACCCAUCGCAUCUCUCCAAUGGAGCUAUAUAAGGCGGAACGAGGCAGGCGAGGGAGGCAGCGCAGCGGAGCGGAGCCCAGGAGAGGAGAGGAGAGAGCGAGCCGGAGCGAGAGCCGGAGCGAGAGCCGGGGAAGCGAGGAGGAAGAAGCCACCGGCUUCGGGACAGGACCGCAGGUGCUCGGAGCGCCGGAGCGGGAGCCCCGCAGCCGCCAGGCAUGUACCGCUCCACCAAGGGCGCCUCCAAGGCGCGCCGCGACCAGAUCAACGCGGAGAUCCGGAACCUCAAGGAGCUGCUGCCGCUGGCCGAAGCGGACAAGGUCCGGCUGUCCUACCUGCACAUCAUGAGUCUUGCCUGCAUCUACACUCGCAAGGGCGUCUUCUUCGCCGGAGGUGCUCCUCUGGGGGGCCCCACAGGGCUUCUCUCAACUCAAGAGCUUGAAGACAUAGUGGCCGCGCUACCUGGCUUUCUGCUUGUAUUCACAGCGGAGGGGAAGCUGCUGUAUCUGUCUGAGAGUGUGAGCGAGCAUCUGGGCCACUCCAUGGUGGACCUGGUUGCCCAGGGCGACAGCAUCUACGACAUCAUUGACCCAGCGGACCACCUAACUGUGCGCCAGCAACUCGCCCUGCCCUCUGCCCUAGACACCGAUCGCCUCUUCCGCUGUCGCUUCAACACCUCCAAGUCCCUUAGGCGCCAGAGUGCAGGCAACAAGCUGGUGCUUAUUCGAGGCCGGUUCCAUGCUCACCCACCUGGAGCCUACUGGGCAGGAAACCCUGUGUUCACAGCCUUCUGUGCUCCACUGGAGCCAAGACCCCGCCCUGGUCCUGGGCCUGGGCCUGCUUCACUCUUCUUGGCCAUGUUCCAGAGCCAUCAUGCUAAGGACCUGGCCCUACUGGACAUCUCUGAGAGUGUCCUAAUCUACCUGGGCUUUGAGCGCAGUGAACUGCUCUGUAAAUCAUGGUAUGGACUGCUGCACCCUGAGGACCUGGGCCACGCUUCUGUUCAACACUACCGCCUAUUGGCUGAGAGUGGAGAUAUUCAGGCAGAGAUGGUAGUGAGACUGCAGGCCAAGCCUGGAGGCUGGGCAUGGAUUUAUUGCCUGUUAUAUUCAGAAGGUCCAGAGGGCCCCAUUACUGCCAAUAACUACCCAAUCAGUAACACAGAGGCCUGGAGCCUCCGCCAGCAGCUGAACUCUGAAGACACUCAGGCAACCUAUGUCCUGGGUACCCCAACCAUAUUGCCCUCAUUCCCUGAGAACAUCCUUUCCCAGGGACAGUGCUCCAGCCGUAACCCACUCUUUACCCCAGCCCUGGGGGCUCCCAGAAGCACCGGUUUCCCCCCUGCUCCUGAAAUGGGUGCUGUCUCAACACCAGAAGAGCUUCCCCGACCUCCCAAAGAGCUGGGCUUCAGUUACCUGACGUUCCCACCUCGCCCUGAGCCUUCUCUUCCAGCCGACCUGAGCAAGGAUCUUGUGUGCACCCCACCCUAUACACCCCACCAGCCAGGAGGCUGUGCCUUCCUCUUCAGCCUCCAUGAGCCCUUCCAAGCCCACUUGUCCACUCCAUCCAGCUCUCUCCAAGAACAGCUGACUCCAAGCGCCGUGACCUUCUCCGAUCAACUGACGCCCAGUAGUGCCACCUUCUCAGAUCCACUGACUAGCCCACUACAAGGCCAGCUGACCAAAACCUCAGCCAGAAGCUACGAAGAUCAGUUGACUCCCUGCACCACCAACUUUCCAGACCAGCUGCUUCCCAGCACUGCUCCCUUCCCCGAGCCUCUGGGCAGCCCUGCCCAUGAGCAGCUGACUCCUCCCAGCACAGCAUUCCCGGCACAUCUGAACAGCCCCAGCCAAACUUUCCCAGAACAACUGAGUCCCAAUCCCAGCAAGACUUACUUCGCCCAGGAGGGAUGCAGUUUUCUCUAUGAGAAGUUGCCUCCAAGCCCCAGCAGCCCUGGUAAUGGGGACUGCACACUCCUGGCCCUCGCCCAGCUCCGGGGCUCCCUCUCUGUGGACGUCCCCCUGGUGCCCGAAGGCCUGCUUACACCCGAGGCCUCUCCAGUCAAGCAGAGUUUCUUCCACUACUCCGAGAAGCAGCAGAAUGAGAUAGACCGUCUCAUCCAGCAGAUCAGCCAGUUGGCUCAGGGCAUGGACAGGCCCUUUUCAGCUGAUGCUUGCGCAGGCGGGCUGGAGCCACUUGGGGGGCUGGAGCCCCUGGACUCCAACCUGUCCCUGUCAGGGUCUGGCCCUCCUGUGCUCAGCCUGGAUCUGAAACCCUGGAAAUGCCAGGAGCUGGACUUCCUGGUUGACCCUGGGAACAUAUUCCUGGAAGAGGUGCCCGUGGAAGACAUCUUCAUGGAUCUCUCUACCCCAGACCCCAAUGGGGAAUGGAGUUCAGAGGAUACUGAGGCAGCGGUCCCAGGAGGGGCCCUGUCGCCUUGCAACAACCUGUCCCCAGAAGACCACAGCUUCCUGGAGGACCUGGCCACAUAUGAAACCGCCUUUGAGACAGGUGUCUCAGCAUUCCCCUACGAUGGGUUUCCUGAUGAGUUGCAUCAACUCCAGAGCCAAGUUCAAGACAGCUUCCAUGAAGAUGGAAGUGGAGGGGAACCAACGUUUUGAAUAAGUCUGUGACUUAACGUCGUCAAGUAUGGCAUAUUGUCAUCAAGACGUGGAGCUGCUCUCCACCCCCCCGGGACUGUUGGGGGGAUUCUAGGGGCUGGAGGGGGAUAUAUCUGAUUCCCCAGGCCCUGCAGGAUUGGGUGAGGGGAGGGGGGAGGGCUAGGGAGGGGAGCUUCUUUUUAAUAUUUAGAGACUUCCAGCAAUCCCAGUUUCCAUUUCAAUCUGUAUUCACUCGUAGUGAGUUUCCUUGAAUGGGAUUUCAAGUGGAGAAUGGGGGAGUCUCACUUACCCCCUGUGCUGCCCCAUGGGCUUGGGCCAGUUCUCCACGCCUGGGGGCCAAGCCACCCCUGGGCCUUGGUGGGGGAAAGGCAGCACCCAUUCGGGCCAGCCUGUGCCCCGAGGGGCUCUUGACACCCACGUAGAAUUCUCUACACACCAGUAACGGGAUUUCAAUUCCGAUGGACUCUGCCGCCCUGGCGGCCCUUCUUGUGACUUUUGCGCCCCGCACCUGGGGUGGGGGGCGUGAAGAGACGCUACGUUUCUUUCCGAUGGAGGAAGGCAGACCUGCCGCUGUCACACGUGUGCUUGCACGAGUGCGUGUACCUGGUGCAGGACUCACCCGGCUGCCAGACUGCCUGGGCCUGCCCAGGUGGCCACCUCGUGGUGCUGUGGUGACUUUGUAGCCAACUUUAUAAUAAAGUCCAGUUUGCCUUUUUGGUA